AUUAAAAUGGGUGCUGAAGUCCUAUAUAGGCUAGGAAGCCGAAGAUCUGUGAUUGCAUUUUUCAAAUUCCAUGCAGUUCAGUUUGGAGUGAAGAUGCCAAAAGAAAAGACGCAUAUUAACAUUGUUGUCAUCGGUCACGUAGACUCCGGAAAAUCAACCACCACUGGUCAUCUCAUUUACAAAUGUGGUGGAAUUGACAAGAAAACAAUUGAAAAGUUCGAGAAAGAGGCAGCUGAAAUGGGUAAAGGUUCCUUCAAGUAUGCCUGGGUACUCGAUAAGCUAAAGGCCGAGCGCGAGAGAGGGAUCACUAUCGAUAUUGCUCUGGGGAAGUUUGAAACAGAGAAGUUCUACGUGACUGUUAUCGAUGCUCCAGGACACGGGGAUUUCAUUAAGAACAUGAUCACAGGAGCAUCACAGGCUGAUUGUGCCGUACUGAUAGUUGCAGCUAGCACUGGUGAAUUUGAAGCUGGUAUCUCCAAGAAUGGUCAAACACGUGAGCACGCCUUGCUCGCUUACACGCUAGGUGUGAAACAACUCAUCGUCGGCGUAAAUAAGAUUGAUAACACUGAACCACCUUACUCUCAGAUGCGUUUUAAUGAAAUUUCAAAGGAGGUGGCCGGGUACAUCGGAAAGAUUGGUUAUGAUUCGAAGGCUGUUCCAAUUAUUCCAAUCUCUGGCUGGCAUGGAGAUAAUUUGCUGGAGCAGAGUGACAAUAUGCCAUGGUUUGAUGGAUGGCACAUAGAAAGAAAUGAAGGCAUUGUCUCUGGAAAGACACUCUUCAAUGCUCUGGACAGUAUUCUCCCUCCGAAGAGGCCUACUGAUAAGCCACUUCGGUUACCUCUUCAAAAUGUGUACAAGAUUGGAGGUAUUUUCUUGUGUAUAUGUGUGUAUGUAUAUAUAUAUUUUAAUAAUUUUUUUUCAAUAGGUAUUGGUACUGUCCCAGUAGGUCGUGUUGAGACUGGUAUUUUGAAGCCCGGUGUGGUUGUUACCUUUGCUCCUUCUGGUCUAACCACUGAGGUCAAGUCUGUUGAAAUGCAUCACGAGGCUUUGACCGAGGCUUUGCCUGGAGACAACGUAGGAUUCAAUGUGAAGAACGUCUCCGUCAAGGAGUUGAAGAGAGGUUUUGUUGCCGGCGACUCCAAAAAUGAUCCACCUAAGCAGGCCAAAGUCUUCAAGGCUCAGGUUAUUAUCAUAAAUCAUCCUGGCCAAAUUCAUGCUGGAUAUUCUCCUGUUCUUGAUUGCCACACUGCUCACGUUGCAUGCAAGUUUGCCGAGCUUUUAGAGAAAUGCGAUCGUCGUAGUGGCAAGAAGCUUGAGGACAACCCACAAUCACUCAAAAAUGGAGAUGCUGCCAUUGUUAACCUAAUACCUUCCAAGCCUAUGUGCGUUGAAGCUUUCUCCGAGUAUCCUCCACUCGGUCGUUUUGCUGUUCGUGAUAUGAAGAGUACAGUCGCUGUUGGUGUAAUUAAGGAGGUUACCAAGUUUGAAAAGGAAGGAGGAAAGGUCACUGGGACUGCUCAAUAGACGAAGUGAUUGAAUGAUUUUAGUACAGGGUUAUUUUAGGAAACAAAUUUUCUUUUAUUUUUAUUACUUGAUAAUGUGAAUUUUAAUUGUUGUUAUUGUGCUUAUUGUUCUCAAUCUGUGAAUUUUCACCCUGCUCCUA